CUCCAGGGGCACCGUUCUCCUUGUUGUAGUACGUCUUCCAGGCUGUGGCCGCCCCCUGACCUUCCUCCUCCGAGGGCCCCCCGCGGCAGCCCCAGCGGCGGCAGCGGCAGUGUCUUUCUCCCUCUCAGCCUCGGACCCAGGGUCCUGGAGGCUACACUGUGGGCACCAUGUCUGAGAAGUUUGACUGCCAUUACUGCAGGGACCCCUUGCAAGGGAAGAAGUAUGUACAGAAAGAGGGCCGUCACUGCUGUGUGAAAUGCUUUGACAAGUUCUGUGCCAAUACUUGCGUGGAAUGCCGGAAACCCAUUGGGGCUGACUCCAAGGAACUGCAUUACAAAAACCGCUAUUGGCAUGAUUCCUGCUUCCGCUGUGCCAAGUGCUACCAUCCUUUGGCCAAUGAGACCUUUGUGUCCAAAGAAAAUAAGAUCCUGUGUAACAAGUGCACUACUCGUGAGGACUCGCCCAGGUGCAAAGGAUGCUUCAAGCAAAUUGUUGCAGGAGACCAAAAUGUCGAAUAUAAGAAGAACGUUUGGCAUAAGGACUGCUUCACCUGCAGUAACUGUAAGCAGGUGAUUGGAACUGGUAGCUUCUUCCCAAAGGGUGAAGACUUCUAUUGUGUUACCUGUCAUGAGACCAAGUUUGCCAAGCACUGUGUCAAGUGCAACAAGGCCAUCACUUCUGGAGGCAUCACUUACCAGGAUCAGCCCUGGCACGGUGAGUGCUUCGUCUGUGCCACCUGCAGCAAGAAGCUGGCUGGACAGCGCUUCACCGCUGUGGAGGAUCAGUAUUACUGUGUGGAUUGCUACAAAUCCUUUGUGGCUAAGAAGUGUGCUGGGUGCAAGAACCCCAUCACAGGCUUUGGUAAAGGCUCCAGCGUGGUCAACUAUGAAGGCCAAUCCUGGCAUGAUUACUGCUUCCACUGUAAGAAGUGUUCCAUGAAUCUGGCUAAUAAGCGCUUUGUCUGCCACAACGAGCAGAUCUAUUGCCCCGACUGUGCCAAAAAGCUGUAACCAGGCAGGGGCCUCUGUCCUGGAAGAUGGAGCUUGAUUCCUACUCUGACAUGCUCUGUCACUUGGGUAGGAGCAAGACUUCCAAAACCCAAAUCACUAUUUUCUGCUUUUCUCUCAUUUUACACUUAAUGGCUUAUAAAAAGGUCCUUUGGUUUUAGGCAAUUGAACUCUGCAGUGAGCCCAUUUAAUAAAGCUUGCUACCAUAAUUUUGCUAGUUAAGUCUGAAGACAUAUUAUUCAGUAGACUUUAAGCUAUCCUUAAUAUGUAGGCUUUUAUGCAUGUUGCUAAUGAAGUCCUAACAUUUUAAAAAAUGUGGUUUGCCACAGCUACUGCAACGAACAAGUAACGUACCUCCUGAGCCCAUUGUGGAGAUCCUUAGGAAGGCCACCAUCUGCUUUAAUCUUCAUAUACCUGCUAGUGGCAUAUCCCCAAAUCUAGCUGUAGCGCAAAUCACUGGCUGCACCGUAAUCACUAAUGGAAGCUAAAGAGGGGCUCAGAUUCAUAACAUGAGAGGUUUUGCCUUGUGCAAGUAUCAUCUUAUCUCUCUCUCUCCCUCUUUCUCCCUUCCUCCCUCUCUUUCUCUCUCUCCCUCCCUCCCCACCCACCCCUC